AUGGGUACAGAGGAGCACGAAAUCAAUAGAAAGAGGAAGAUCGACAUUCAAGAUUAUCAGAUUUCAAGAGACGUUGAGGAAGAGAAAAAUGAUUUCUUAACAUUUUCUAAAGACUCUGAAGAAAACAAGAAUGAUUUAUUAACGCUUUCAUUGUGUCCUAGUAUUAACUCCGCUCGAUUUUUUCCUGGAAAACACGCUCCACCUUCACCACGGCCUCCUCGGAUGCCGCAUUCAAUGGGUGAUGAGGUCUCGCAGCCACAUAUUUCUCUAUCAAUCCGACCACCACCGCCACCAUCUGUGGUUCCUAAUGGCAGGUAUAGGCAGCCUGUUAGUUCGGGGUCCUCAAACCGCGUUCGCCGAAAACCGUCACAGCUGCCCCGCGAAGGGAAGAGCGCCACUGUGCCAGCCCCAUUUCCGUGGGCUUCAAACCAACGCGCCACCCUCCACAGCCUCACCAACCUACUAUCUAAACAUAUCUAUACCAUCUCCGGCGAUGUCCAAUGCAAGAAAUGCGAACAGAAAUACCAAAUGGAGUACGAUUUACAGCGAAAAUUCUUUGAAGUUGGGAAAUUUAUUGCAUAA